AUGUCGACUCCUCUCAUCCAGCAAUUCCCUUCCCUCGCGGCAUACCCCCCGUCAUUCCUCAAAGACCUCUUGUCCUCUCCCGAGCUUACCGAAGCAUUCCUUUUCUCGCUCCCCGAAGUCCAACAACUUGCAGCAGAGGUCGAGCGUGUAGGAAGGGAGAAUGAUGAAAUCGCCGGCAAAAAUCUGGAGUUAAGAGAUGAGCUGCUGGCAUUGAGAGAUGCUACAGCGCAGUCUUAUGCCCAUGCUGAGGGCCUGAAGAGGCAUUGGACUGAUAUUGAAAAGAACCAGAAAGAUCUGUAUCAGCGCGUCCGACCAUCCUUCCUGCAUCUACGGCUUAAACAUUCCUUGUCAGCCCAAGACGAAGCAUCCGAAAAGAUCGCAAGCGCGUUUAUUGAAGGGAGGUCUGCUGGUAAUAGUCGCCCUGGGUCAAGGAUAGACUCACCCGUGCCCAUUGGAGAUGGUCCUGCGGACAGGCAAUCACAGAAUAGGGCCAUAGACGACUUCAUCCAAGAGUUUAAGGCGUCUAGGAAGACGUAUCACAAACGGGCCAUCUGGGCCGAGAGGUGGUCCCGGGGGGAGAUCGCAUGGAGAGAUGAUUGA